AUGCACAUUGUUCUGUCGCUCAAGGACAUGGGCAAGGUCUUCGCAGUUCGUUCGAGGCGCUCCACAAAGAACAAACACUCGACAGCUAUCGAGCAUGAUGGCGAUAGCUCCAUCCCUGCAGACAUCCAUGGUUCCUUUCCUUCACCAACUCUCCAUUCGAAUAUAUCAUACUCACAGGGACUGGGUGUAUCGCUUGCCCGCGAAGCUUCCGACUUGGCUCAGCUAGCUUUGCCCUUGGUACAGACUGCUGUAGGUGUUAUUCCACUUGUCGGUCCUCCGAUGAAAGUGGCUAUUGGUGGAUUGUUGGAAAUCCUUCAAGCUGUAGAUAGACGUGGUCAGAAUAGGGCGGACCUAGAUGGCCUGGAAUUGCGACUCCAUCGACUAAGCAGCCAUUUGUGCAAUGCCCCACCUGUUCAGGAUCCUCUUGAACAAUCCCGGAGGGAUUCCUUAGUUAGCAUGCUGCAGGAAACUUCGGCCCAGCUGACGAAGUUACACAGACGUGUUCUCGCAUACACAUCCGUCACACAAGCCAUCGCUGGAUGCUCCAGUCAAAUCGAUCGUUAUCUGGCGGAGUAUUCGUUGUCGUCUCAAAUGCAAAGUCAACAUGACAUGCGCGAAGUGUUGGCAAGUCAACAGAGGCACCAUGAGGAGAAUCAGAGGCACCAUGAGGAGAACCAGAAGCUACUGAUGGAAAUACAGCGACUGACGAUCCGCGUGGGACCGACUGCGACACAAUUAACUGGAACUGUCACACUGAUAGACGCAACAGGCCACGAACAUCCGAUAUCAGUGAACUUUUGCACCUCAUUCCAGCAACUGAAUGAGAUGUUGCAAGUUUUGUUCAAACGCGACUCGAUUGAAGCUCGGGUGCAGAGACAGUAUAUUGAAAACGGGCAAUAUGACUUGUGCAUUGACGAGGGCACGCGAGUGACCCAACUGACAAACCAUAGAUGGUCAAGCAUUGAAGAGGGUACGAAGAUUGUCAUGAGGGUUAUCAUCGAACAUAAGAAGACAUCCUCUGAAGUCUACUACACAUGUCAUUUCUGUGGCGCGAGGAAUCAUCUUCCCAGCGGAUCUGUCAACUAUUCGCUUGGAAGGCAGGUUGGUUGCUCGAUUGAUUGGUUGAUCUCUCAUCGAUAUUUGAGUUCGGAGGAAAGCACUGGAUCCUCUAACAUCGACUCAAAUAGCACGACUGAAGCUGAAAUGCACCUCAUUCGCAACUUUCACGUCCAGCAAACUGAAGUGCGUGGCCUUGUUUUGUGGGCUACUUAUCCGAUGCUUAAUAGUGCCAAGGCAAAGAUCCUCUCUAAGAAAUUUGUGCGUGAUCUCGUCCUUUAG